AUGAACAAAGUAAAUUUACAUGAGAUAUUGGGAGAAACUAACAAUUUCAAGCUAAUGGUGCAUAUAUUGCUCUUUGUCAAAAGAAGGAAAAAGAUGAGACCCUUACACUUCUUUAUUGGUUUUAUCCACCUGCAAAGCUUUUUAGAGAACUUCUACGAUCAAACUCGCUCCAGACGAGUUCGACUAGCAUUCAGGAGGCCAACUCUGGCUGGCAUGGCAAUGAUGCCUCUGUUUUUGCCCAAUGGAAGAAUAGAAUAUUUCUUGCAACAGCCUGGAAUCAACCACACGUCCCCCCUCUGCAUUCCGCUACAUUUUAGAAGUGGAAUUAGUGGUGAUGAAUGA